AUGGCAAUAGAAAUUGGAGUGACGCCCCGUGAAAGUAGGCUCGACUCGGAGAAAGACAGAAUCCGCGAUCUUUCAAGGUGCGGCUUUUCUGACUCAAAGCUCAUUGCUCUCACUGAUCAGUGGUUCUUACUGUUUAGAUACUAUUGUACAUUUGAUCAAGAUGCGCGGUCAACUGACAGUCCUCGUCUCUCUCCUGACUCUACACUGACUGCGCUAACACAACUGGGCGUCUAUCGUUUCGGCUGUAACCGAUCUUUUGUCUCCAUCAUUGACGGAGAACAGCAACAUCUGAUCUCAGAAGCAACUGCUUCGAUCUCUUUACGCAAGGAAGAUGAUCAUCUUCCAGAUGAUGGCAUCUAUCUCGGUGUGCGAACGCUUGAUCUCGAAUGGGGUGUUUGUCCACACGCCAUCCGUCUUUUCACCGGACAGGAUCCCUCACGGGUAACAGACACAGAAAACAUCACGGCAAAUCGAACCCGUAAUAUCAUCCGUGACUUUACCAAGGAAGACUUUUACAACAACCGCCCUUACGUCCUGGAUUGGCCUUACUUCCGUUUCUACGCUGAAGUACCUAUAUACAGUCCCUCCGGAUAUGUUCUGGGCUCUUAUUGUGUCGUGGACAACAAACCGCGUACAGACUUUAGCGACAAGGAGGUGGAUGCUCUUCAAGACAUUGCAGAUGCCAUAUCUCAACAUCUCGAGAACGUUCGUGUGGUCCAUUAUCACCGACGCGCGGAGAAUUUGGUGAAAGGCUUGACCAAUUUCGUCAAAGGGCAUACAGAAUCCGACUCGCCAGAUUAUUUUACCCAACUUGCCUCUCCGGAGACGCUGAACUUCCACAACCUGAACUUUUCAGAUAAAGAUAUUCGAACGAAGGAGCCAAACGCAUCACCAUUGCUCCCAACGAGUAUGUCCCUCAGCAAUCAGUCAGUCUUGGAUCGAUCAUCUUCAAUCACCCAAGACGAGGGAGCAUAUUCUCUGUUCUCAGAAGCGAAAGGGUCGGACGAGACACUGCCUACUACCCAACCAUCAUCGCUUGCCCCGGGUACACCGGAAUCGACAGACCCUACGCGUCUUGACGAGUACUUCCCGGAACCAGCGACAGACGACAUGCCUCUUGCAGAACGGGUGGCUGCAAUUUUUACCCGUGCUAGCAGCCUCCUCAGAGCAUCAAUGGAUGUGGACGGGGUUACUUUCUUUGAUGCACGUCAAAGUGAUUCUCAAUUUGACCCCUGGGAUGAGGGAAAUUCAAAGCUGUCCUCCAAAUACGGGGAUCCCGGCCCUGUGAUUGACGCACGGCCUUGGACCCUUGACCUUUCCACCAAGAAAUCUCCCAAUUCAGGAGAUUUGUGUCGUUUCUUGGACCAUGAUUUGGACGUGUCAUUUACUAAGCGUCCUGACACAGACUCGAGGCCCGUACUAUCGGAAGACGCUCUCCGUGAAUUGAUCAAAACUUACCCCGGCGGACACAUAUUCAACAUGGAUGAUGAAUCACGUUCAACAGAUAACACGCAAAAAGAGGUGUCUCGCCACCUCGCCCAGAGUCUACCGCUAGCAAAGUCAGUACUGUUUAUCCCAUUGUGGGACUGGAACAAAUCACACUGGCUAGCAGGAACGGUAGUCUGGACAAAGAAUAGUCACCGUCCUUUAGGCAUGGACGAAUUGCAUUAUUUCAAAGUUUUCGGCGAUUCCAUUAUAUCCGAAAUAUCUCGGGUGCACUGGAGAGCAACUGAGAGGUCAAAAUUUGACUUCGUAUCAUCUAUCAGCCACGAACUUCGCUCUCCCCUGCAUGGCAUACUUGGAAGCACCGAGUUAAUCCAGUCUACGCCACUUCAGCCAUACCAGCAUAAUAUGGCCAAGAUGAUAGAAAAAUCAGGCUUGACUCUACUUGACACAAUAGAUCAUCUGCUGGAAUACUGCAAGAUCAAUGAUUUGGCGAUCACGAACAACUCAGGAAGCAACAAACGCCAGAACGACACAUCCAGUCCUGGUUCAGACUUCGACCUGGGAUCAUUAGUCGAACAAGUGACAACCGUCCUUUGCGCUGGCCAAAUCCCCCGAUAUGCCACCUUCCUGACUAGCACUGACAGUGAAUAUCAAAAUUUCUACAGCAGUGACGAUUCUUCAGUGGUCGUACGAAUCGAGAAGCUUGAUUCGUGGAUGGUGAGAUCGGCUUCGGGGCCAUGGAGAAGGAUUCUGAUGAACAUCAUCGGCAACGCAAUGAAAUGGACCAAAAAUGGCCUGGUUGAGAUCACUUUAUCAAAAGCGAGACGUGAAGUCAAAGAUGGCUCUUCAUUUGCCCAUCUGUGCGUCAAAGAUACCGGCAUUGGAAUCUCACGCGAAUAUCUCAAGAACAUGCUCUUUUCUCCAUUCGCCCAGGAGGACCCAUUAUCGCCCGGUGUCGGUCUCGGCCUCAGCAUCGUUCGCAAAUUAGUCAAGUCUCUUGACGGUGAAAUCGAUGUCCGAAGUGAAUUGGGUGCAGGUACCGAAGUGGACAUUUAUAUACCCGUUACCUGUCUCGCAACGACCAUCUCAGCUUCAGAAACAGAAGACUCACUUCCACGACCCGGCAAUCCUCCCGGACCGAUCUAUGCAUCUGUCAUUGGGUUACAAGACGAGCCGGAUCUGAGCGAGAUACCAACGGGGAUCUUGAGCGUCCAUGCAAAACGAAAGGCCUCGAUUCAAAAUGCACUCACGGACGUCUUGGUGACACAGUUGGGGUGGAACCUCUCAUUCGCAAAGCUCCCAGCUGAGGAGCAGGCUGAUGUUGCAAUCAUCCAGAAAGAAGACUUUCACCACAUGUUGGAGGAGGGUCUCUUUACCAGGGACUCCAAGCCCACAUUCAAAUAUUUCAUUGUGCUUGGUGGUCAACACCCGCCCUCGGUAGAGACUAUUCCCGCAAACAUCAUCCACGUUUCGAAACCAUACGGACCUAGGAGACUCCUUGACGCUGCUGUGAGAUUUUUGAAAGUUUAUAAUGCUCCGGUUCAGUCCGACACCCAGGAGUUGGCACCCAUUGCGUCUUGGUCACAAACUCCCCAGCAAGCCUUAUCACAACGAACACAAGAGGAAUCUAUUACAAUAUCAGGACUCUCCCUCUCUAGCACAUUAGAGGUUGGAAAUUCUCCCAAUCCGCCAGAAUCUAUCCAUGUUCUUGUGGUGGACGACAAUGAUAUCAACCUCAAGAUUUUGUCGGCAUUCAUGCGCAAACUUGGUUGCCAAUACGAGACGGCUUCGAAUGGACAAAUAGCGCUGGAAAAGUAUAAAAGUGGCAACCGACGAUAUAAUUUCGUUUUGAUGGAUUUAUCGAUGCCCGUAAUGGAUGGUCUGGUGGCCACAAGAAAGAUACGCGAACACGAGCGGCAAAACCGACUUAACUCUUCAUGCAUACUGGCAGUAACGGCUGUCGCUUCCAACUCUACGCAGGAAGCAGCUUUGAAGGCAGGGGUGGAUGAUUACUUGGUGAAGCCAUUGUCCUUUGACCGGCUUCGUCAAAUAAUGGAUCGUGGAUGA